UCCUGAGUAUAAAGUCCUGUGGAGAGGAAGCUCUUCUAGAGUGUGAGGCCUUUGUGCUGUGAUGCGCCCAGCCGUUCAAGCCUCAUCUAAACUACCUUCGAGGCCUUCAGGAAAGAGGAUCUACGUCCAGAUGGCAAAGUUUAAAUGGCCUUCAUUUGAGACUAGCCAAUAAACUAAUAAACCAUGCAAAACAACUCUCCCUCCGGCACCAUCCUUACCUGGCAUGGAGAAUGGAGGGGGCGGCCAACUUAUUUGCUCGUUCACUGCUUUGAAGCUUUGUCCUUAAUUCAUUCAUCUCUGCAUCUUUAAAUUGGAGUUCAGACUGCAAUGACUGGAGCUGGAAGGCAAAGGCAACAUACUUAUGGUGACCCGUCACACAUGCAAAAAUAUCUCUGGGCUUCAACGUCUCAAGCUCGUAAAGGAAAACAAAACGAGAAGGAAGGACAGCUACUACUGUUAGUGCUGGCCACAGGUUACUGCUUCUUUAAAGUUUGCUAAUUUGCUGAAUGAAUGGCAGAAUAAGACUCAUUCCUUGAGACUGAAGCCUUGGCAAAUGCUGAAGGAAAGUGGUGGAGUCUUUGACAUCCCAUCUAAUCUGGGGACCUUAUGAAUAUCUGUAAAAAAACAGUUCCCAUAUACUUUUCAGGAUCCAACAUUUUCCCACUUUUGCCAGUCAAUGCUGAAAACAAUCACUCUUGAAAGCAAAUUAGAGAAAGAUCUAGACCUUCUGGGCCACAACCGCUGCCUAAAUGAAGCCGUUCCUAUAUUUCGAGAAGAGCAGUGUGGGUGCAAGACACCAGGGCAGCGGUCGCCGUGGGGUUCCGAAGCCACAGCCAUCAAGUAGGUCUGGCGAGGUCUGCACCACCCUCCGGGGAAAAGACCCCGAGGCGCACUCACUGGACACGUCCCGAGGAGCGGCCGGGCACUGGCUCAGGGCCUGCGACGCGAGAGUGUCGAGUUCCUCCAGGUCGUCGGCGGUGAAAUCUCCGUGCGCGCUGAACGGGUCUUCGGGGUCCGGUGCGACGGCCGCAGGGAAGCCCCGGGCUCGCUUGCUCGGAGGGUGCCCGAUGCUGGGCGGCGGGCCAGAGCUAGGCGCCGGGAACCCGCUCCGCCUCCUGCUGCCCGGCGCGGGGACUCCAGCCAUGCCUCCGGGGGUCAGUGUCCCAGGGCACGGAGGAAGACCUGGUCGCCGCGAGGCGGGAGGGCUGGACCAACGGCCCGCGCGCCCUCGCACACCUCAGCCGCUAGGGCCACGCCCCCGAGCCCACGGGCCAAUCGGCUGCCAGCUGGCCGGCGCGGAAGAAUGACCUAAGCCGAACGCGUCUCAGUGCUCUGCUGAGUGCCGGCCUUUCUCUGUGUCCCCGCCCUCCCUGCCGGGUUCUGCCCCGCGCUCAAAUACCCGCGGCCAGAUGUCCGUCGUGGGCUCUGUGCACCGCUACCCGCGUUACUAAGGAGCGGGGCCGAGGCUCACCAACCUCACAGCGCGAGUGCCUCUGCGCCGCCUCUCUGGCAUCCCGUAUACAGCCGUGCGGGAGUUCGCCGUGACAUUCACACGUACACCUGUGAAUCGAGACCCGCAGCAUUCAGGGGUUUGGUCUCUGCGACGUCGCCGGUUUCCUCCCGAUGGACUCGCCUCUCACAUACCCAGAGGCUCUCUCGAGGAGAAAGGAGUCUGGGAGAGCGGGGUUGGGUGAAGAGUAUGAAUACACCUUUGGUGAGCAGGCAUCUUAGAGAACAGUAAAUGUUUUGAAUGUGCGUUUGAGAAAAGAAGACCAGACUGCCCGGGAGAAAAGAGAUUUUAUUUCCAGAGACUGUCUGGCUCCCGCCCCUUCCCGCUGCUGCGAAUCCAAACUAGAUGCUUUUGAAAGGCAAGAGACUGGAUGAGAGAGGAGUCUGAGGACCUUGCGUUGCAGCACUCCUUGUAGAUCUGAUGACAGGGCACAGCACUGUAUUUGCCAUGCAGCACAUCCUGGGUGCUCCCCGUGUCGUGUGGAGAAGCCACCUUGGAAGGGACCUCUUUAUGACCAGGACUCUCUGCAGCUCAGGCCCUAGCCAGCCCAGAGAAAAAAGACCUGAGGAGGUGGCCCUUGGGCUGUACCAUCGCCUCACAGCUCUGGGAAGAGCCCUGGGGCACAACAUUCAACAGCGAGCAUCGUCCACAGCCACGACUUGGUGGGACAGAUAUGAAGAGUUUGUUGGACUCAAUGAAGUUCGAGAGGCCCAGGGAAACGUGACUGAGGCAGAGAAAGUGUUCAUGGUGGCUCGAGGGCUUGUGCGAGAGGCUCGGGAGGACUUGGAAGUUCACCAGGCCAAGCUGAAGGAGGUGAGGGACCGCUUGGACCGCAUCUCCAGAGAGGAUAACCAGUAUCUAGAACUGGCUACGUUGGAGCACCGACUGCUGCAAGAGGAGAAGAGGCUUCGUGCAGCCUAUCUGCGUGCUGAAGACUCUGAGCGAGAGAAGUUCUCCCUCUUCUCUGCAGCUGUGCGGGAAAGUCACGAGAAGGAGCGCACCCGAGCCGAGAGGACCAAGAACUGGUCCCUCAUCGGGUCAGUCCUGGGGGCCUUGAUUGGUGUGGCUGGCUCCACCUAUGUGAACCGUGUGCGGCUACAGGAGCUGAAGGCCUUGCUCUUAGAGGCACAGAAGGGGCCUGUGAGCCUCCAGGAGGCCAUCCGAGAACAGGCAUCCAGCUACUCCCUCCAGCAGAGGGACCUCCACGACCUCAUGAUGGACCUAAGGGGCCUGGUACAAGCUGGCCCCGGGCAGAGCUCUGGGGUCCAGGCAGGUACUUCCCCCACUCGAGACAGAGGCACAGAUGUCCUUUCAGCUGCCUUGAAAGAGCAGCUCAGCCAUUCCAGGCAGGUCCAUUCAUGUCUAGAGGGUUUACGAGAGCGGCUUGAUGGCUUGGAAAAGACUUUCAGCCAAACGGCUGAGGUGGUUCGGCUUGCAAAGGCUGCAGCACAUCCAGGCCUGCCGGGGCCGGCAGACAGGGCCCUGCCUGGCUCCUCACCGCAACAGCGGAGCAUGAUCUUGGCAUUGUCGGACAUGGAGCAGAGGCUUGAAGCCCAGGUCAACAGGAACACCAUCUACAGCACGCUGGUCACCUGUGUGACAUUUAUGGCUGCACUGCCCGUGCUCUACAUGCUGUUCAGGGCCAGCUAGCCCCAGGAGCCUCCUGCAGGGGGCCGAGGGGAUAGCUGUGGAUACAAAUUAGCUAGAGAAUCCCAACAAGGAAGUGAGCCUUUGGAGUGCACACACCCUAAGCCUGAGGCUGAGCACCAUCUGUGUGGCUCACCAGCAGGCAUACUUUGACUUUUAGAAAAUGCUCAUUUAUGUUAAUUAUCAAAACUUUGUGCUGAUGUCCAAAUAAAAUGUCUUUGGGUUCGUGUUACUUAAAGUAA